GUACGAUACGAUUUUGUCAAAGGCAAAACGCUUUGUGGGCCGGUUUAUUGGACGAAGCUAACAGUUAGCUUAGAUGUUUUAUUUGGAAACUAAUCACAUUUCAUUAUUUAAUGACGAUUCAACUUUCAGAAACUUACCGGUCAUUGAGAGGAGAUUUGGGGAAUUAGGAGGAAAACUUUAAAUCUUCAGGUGAACUUAGUCACGGCUGUCUGUCAUAGAGGACUUUAGGUCUCAGCACGGUACAAGUGAAAGACCGACUUCCUUGUGCGUUCUAGGUCAUUCUGUCGCGUUCACUAGUCAGCCAACUGUCAACCGAGAUCUGAAUGAAGAGUCUUCCGUACUUCUGUCGCGGAGAGGUCAUCCGAGGAUUUGGGAGAGGUAGCAAAGAGUUGGGCAUUCCCACAGCCAUCUUCCCAGACUCUGUGGUGGAUAAUCUUCCCGCAAAUAUAAACACAGGAAUCUGUUAUGGCUGGGCAUGUGUGGGAAAUGGCGACGUUCACAGAAUGGUUAUGAGCAUCGGUUGGAAUCCCUACUACAAAAACACCAAAAAGUCCAUGGAGACUCAUGUGAUUCACACGUUUAAGGAGGAUUUUUACGGGGAGAUUCUCAGUGUCGUCAUGGUGGGCUAUAUAUGUCCAGAGAGAACCUUCAACUCUCUUGGUACGUUACAUUACUUCAAACUCCCUUUACAGAAAGUACAUGUGAUCUGUGCCUCUGCACAAAUAUGUCAGCAGUAGCUUUUUUAAAAAUGUUAUUUUAAAUUCACUGCUGUUUCUGUCCCCUGUAUAUUCACUGUACAUGAAAAGUCUUCAAACAUAAUUUGCUGCUCUCACAAAAAUUCCAAAUAAUGUACCAAUGGAUAGAUAGAUAGAUAGAUAGAUAGAUAGAUCGAUCGAU